AUGUUAAAAAUUUUUUAUGGAUCAGAAGAUGAUAAUGUUUAUUUACAACAUUUAUUGCAAUUAAUUGAUGGAUUUAUUUUAUGGGAAAUUGAAAAUUUUGAAUUUAUGAUUUUCCCGUAUUCAAACCAUGCCAUGAAUUAUCAUAAUGAUAAUAAAAUUGUAUUUGAUAGAAUUUUAAAUUCUUUAAAAAAAUCUUUUAAUUGUGAAUUUGUAUAA